ACCGAGAAGGUCGUGGUCGCUAUUGUGGCGCAUACUUGUUUGGCCCUUUGGCUUUCAUACUAACUAGUCAGAUGUCGUAUUUAAAAGACACAACCCUCCCAACCGGAAGGAUCUAGAUGUGCCUGAAAGACAGUCAGGCAUACCUAGACCACAAGUCCACAACCAGUGAACGACCAGAGAAUAAGAAACAAAAUUCAGACCGGGAUCCCGAACCUCACGAGUCACGGCAGUCACUUUCUCCCCUCUUCCAAACCAGCAAUCAACACAGCUGCCUAAGGUAAGGGAUACAAGUGUCAAGUGCCACCUGGGCCACAUCAACACCAAUGUGUCCUUGUACAUGGAUUUGUACAACGAUCUGUUGGAUAUUCAACCCUUACUCUACUGUCUUCCUUGGUUCGUCUACUCGGUCGGCUGGUUCACUAUUGGCAUGUUUCUCCGCCAUGUUUACACUGUUGCAAACGAGGAGUACGAGUGGCAGAGGCUACUGGCGCCACACGCCGACGUGCCAUUGAUCUUCCACAGCCCAUACGUGAUCAGUUUCAUAUACGUCGUAGGUGAGUGUAUAUACCUGUUUAUCGAGAAGGUCCCGCAAUACGCUUCCUCUCGUAUACGGAACGCCAUGGAACCGGCGUUUAUAGGCCGAACAGGCCAAGUAGAGGACUCGCAGCCCGAGCAGUAAAAAAAAAGAAGAAAAAAAGGGGGGGAAAGGGAAAGGGAAAAGGAAAAGACUAGUUAAUCGAUGUAUGAAAUUUAUUCAGCCGCCACUCGUUUUAUCUGUACCCAGAUACUUGCACACAACACCUGGCUGAUUACCUUCCACACGAUCAAUUACGCGAUAUCGUUAACGCCCUCGUGGCCGGGGUCGCGGCCGUGGGGGGACAACGUGGAGGGCGGGAUGAAGUCAAUCACAACUAAAUUUGGUGGGAGGCAACCCGGUCUAAACUGGAUAUUGGUCGGGAAUAGACGAAGCUGUAGGUUGCGGGAAGAGCUACGGCGGGACGGGUAUCGUAUCAAACGAAUAUAAAGUCAAACCACCUCAGCCAACGUAUAACCAGUCAUUCACUAAUAAACAAAAGUUCAGCGAGUA